UCGGACCAUGGUUGCCUCCGGGGCCGGAUCAUGAAGUGCCUGACUUUCUUUCUUCUGCUUCCAGAGACCUUGAAGAAGUCCAAAAAGAGCGUGCGGGCCGCCAAGGGGGGGCCAGCAUGCGAUGAGGCCGGGCCCCUCGCCCUCCCGAAGAAGAUGGCUGCGGAACUUUACCCGGCCAGCGCCAACCUUGCCAACAGCAACGCCAACGCCGCCAACAGCAAGAAGAACGCCCUCCAGCUCCAGCAGAGCGCCCAGCCAACGCCGCCCCCGCCCCUGCAGAACCUCAACAACAACAACUUGGAGAGCGCCAACUGGCAGUCCUUCCACCCGACCCUGCGGGAGAGGAACGCACUCAUGUUCAAUAACGAACUGAUGGCCGACGUGCAUUUUAUUGUGGGCCCGGUGGGGGCAGCCAAGAAAGUUCCUGCUCACAAGUACGUUUUGGCAGUUGGCAGCUCUGUCUUCUAUGCUAUGUUUUAUGGAGAUCUUGCAGAGGUCAAAUCUGAAAUCCAUAUCCCAGAUGUCGAACCGGCAGCUUUUCUAAUCUUAUUAAAGUACAUGUACAGUGAUGAAAUCGACCUGGAAGCAGACACUGUCCUUGCUACUCUCUACGCUGCCAAGAAGUACAUUGUCCCCGCGCUGGCGAAGGCCUGCGUCAAUUUUCUGGAGACCAGCCUUGAGGCCAAGAACGCUUGCGUCCUGCUGUCUCAGAGCAGGCUCUUCGAGGAGCCGGAGCUGACGCAGCGCUGCUGGGAAGUCAUCGACGCACAGGCCGAGAUGGCACUGAAAUCGGAGGGCUUCUGCGAAAUAGACCAACAGACGCUCGAGAUCAUCGUCACCCGGGAGGCUCUGAACACGAAGGAGGUGGUGGUGUUCGAGGCUGUCCUGAACUGGGCCGAGGCCGAAUGUAAGAGGCAAGGCCUGCCCAUCUCGCCCAGGAACAAGCGGAAUGUAUUAGGGAAAGCUUUGUACUUGGUGCGGAUUCCGACCAUGACUCUGGAAGAGUUUGCCAAUGGGGCGGCUCAGUCCGACAUCCUCACUCUGGAGGAGAGGCACAAUAUUUUCUUGUGGUACACCGCUGCCAACAAGCCCAAGCUCGAAUUCCCGCUGAACAAGAGGAAAGGACUCGUCCCCCAAAGGUGCCACCGCUUUCAAUCCUCUGCCUACCGCAGCAAUCAGUGGAGGUACCGCGGCCGGUGCGACAGCAUCCAGUUUGCGGUAGACAAAAGGAUAUUUAUCGCCGGGCUGGGAUUGUACGGGUCCAGUUCCGGGAAGGCGGAGUACAGCGUCAAAAUUGAACUGAAGCGGCUGGGGGCCGUCCUCGCCCAGAACCUGACAAAGUUUACCUCCGACGGAUCUAGUAACACUUUCUCGGUGUGGUUCGAGCACCCCGUGCAGGUGGAGCAAGACACAUUUUACAACGUCAGCGCCGUCCUAGAUGGCAACGAACUCAGUUAUUUUGGCCAAGAGGGGAUGACCGAGGUGCAGUGUGGGAAAGUGACAUUCCAGUUCCAGUGUUCGUCAGACAGCACCAACGGCACGGGGGUACAGGGGGGGCAAAUUCCAGAACUCAUUUUCUAUGCAUGAAGCAUUUCACUUA